CCAGCUCCUGUAGCAAAUGCAAGUGCAGAACACUGCUUUGCUAACUUUACUGCAGGGUGCAUUCUAGCCAAAGCAUGUUUAGAGGCACCUUUGACUGUUAAAUUAUUUUGAACUGAGCGUCCAUUAAUUGUAUUUUAAUGAGCAGUUGUAUGGUUUUGGCUGUUGAGACUGCCUUAACUUUGCAUGAAGCAAAGUGUUCCAGCUACAGCCAGGCAUGUCAAGGAAAUUUUUGUAUAAGAAUGUUUUCUCCAUACUUUCUUAUUCAUUGUUUCUGCAUAAAUAUAUGUGAACAGAACACAUUAAAAGUUUACUCAGUUGUAUAAUGAGAGUAGUUAACUUUAGAAAGCAAUUUAAAUAUAUGUUUAGUUGUGCAUUAUAUCCCAUCAUCCUCAGUGAAGGGAUCCCAUGAGAUUGCACCAUCCAAUCUCAGAAUUCAAUGCACGUCCUUUCCCGCUUAGAGAGAAAACGUGUACGAAUUUAACUCUUCAAAACAUUAGCAAAAAUUGGAAAUUUUUGCUCAACGGACACUUAGAAAGCACAAAAUCUGACCUCGGCUAUCACAGGGUUCACAGAAAACCACGGUUUUCUCCUGUUUUCCUUCGUUCGAAGACAAACACACGGUGUUUUGUACAGCUCCACGCCGAGGGUUCAAAGUGGCAGAUGAGAACGAAUACAACGUUUUUCGUUCGGAAGAUUUGGAGGAUUUAACCUCUGCUGAAUCGCUUGACCUACUGGGUGAACUGUAGAGGGAAAAAACUGUACCCAAACCACAGGUUUCAAAAGGGAGCAGUUCCAAACGAAAGGCCACGUUGCCGAACGUUUCUGCUACAAGCAAACCACGUGCUCAUUCGCACACUCAACAUGAGGCGGUCAUGGAAGGCCUUAAAACACUCCAAGAACAACAAACAGCAUCUCUAGCCUCGUUAGGGACAGCGAUUGCUGAUAUGGUAUCGACUGUGAAAGAAUUUAUGCACUCUUCUGGGAGCGAUACAUCCUGGAAGAGGAAAAGAGAUGACCUCAGUGAAUCAGAUGCUGAUGAGCACAAGAUUGAUGACGAGAUCGAGUCAGUCGACGUGGACAAGGCGUACGGAAAGCUUGUCAGUGAGGACAAGACGCCAGAAAAACCAGCAGAAGAUGAGGACGAUGUUCUUGCUGCACUGUCAAAGAUUUAUGACUCAGAAGGAGCUGGGAGUGAUUCAGUUAGUUCACAGUUAGCAAAUCUUGUUAACAAAAUGGUCAAAACAAUGUUGUCAGAGGACAACGCUAAAGAAAAGCUGGGAAAAUACUACAGACCUCAGAAUUGUGAAAACUUAGUAAGUACAAGAGUCAACCCUGAAAUUUGGGCAAAAAUGAGAUCCAGCUCAAAAUCAAGAGAUUUAAAAAUGCAAAAGAUC